UGUAUUGUCCACAAAACGUAAACACCAUCUACGUCAUUUGCCAAAACUCAAAAACCUACUGUAGCGGAUUUAUUUCAGCGGUGCGAUCCUUUUUGCUGUAGGAUUUGCAAAAUGAGUGCACUGUUCAACUUUCAAAGCCUGCUCUCGGUUCUGCUGUUACUGAUUUGCACCUGCACGUAUCUGCGUUCACUCUUUCCCAGUAUUGUGGACCGGAAUAAAAAAGGUAUGCUCGGUCUGUUCUGGAAGUUUGCACGUGUUGGUGAAAGGAAAUCUCCGUACGUUUCUCUUGCGUGUCUUGUGAUGGCUGUUUCGAUAUUAUUCUGGACGUAGUAUAUUAGAUAUCCUGGAUAUAAGUGUACACCUAAUGGAAAAAAUGAUGCAUUUUGAUGAAUAAAAGAUGAUUACAAUUUUACAGUGAA